AUGGUACUUGGUAGAUUUCCUCAUUAUACAGCAAAAUUAAUCAGUAACAAUGAUAAAUCAUUAAAACGAGGUGAAAAAAUACCAAAAUGUAAAGUAUGUCAAAAUACACUCAUGUUAAAUGAUUUUGUUUUAUAUGAAACGAAAACUGUAUUAAUUAAUGGAAGACCAAUUGAAGGUCGUGAUACAUAUCCGACUUAUAAUCAAUAUUGGCAUGCAGUAAAUUGUUUUGGAUUCUAUAAAAAAACAAUUGACGAUGAUAAACAACGAAUAAAAAAAUUACGACAGAAAUAUGGUGAUUCAACCAAAGAAUUUAAUGAAGCAUAUAACGAAUUACUUAAUCGACGUUUUCCCAAUUUUGAUAAAAUGACAAAAUCAAAUCAGAACAUUUUAGAAACAAUAAUGGAAAAAGGUGAAUGUAUAAUCAAUAAUGAAACAAAACCAAAAACAAAUAAGAGGAAAAUCAGCGAUGAAACAGAUGAUAAUGAACAAAGUUUAACAAAUAAACGUCGCAAGACCAUACGAGUAUCUACUUCGAUAAACAAGAGAAGAACUUUAAGAAAAUAA